AAAAAAAAGAAAAAAGAUAUCAUCAUCAAACCAAGCUCAACGCAGAUUUAACUGACCUGCUAGGCUACCACACAUGCUGAAAACAUGAUGCAAACUGUUGAGACGAAGACAUUUUGUGGAGUAAUUUUCCUCGACGAGGACAUUACAGAAGUUGUGCCAAGGUCAUGGGUUAAAGGUGAUGAAUGUUUUUGGCCAACAUUCAUUUCUGAGGAAAAAACCCAAAAGGCCAUAAAGAGGCAUGAAAUGCCAGGCCCUGGCUGGAAAAUCUUCAAAAUAAGAACACUCUUUGAAAAAGUAGAUGACUUCAGUAAGGCAAGGCAAAAGCUGAAGGACUACAACAGAAAUGGAACGACAGUCCUCCAGUCAGAGGAUGAGAGCUCAAUGGCAAAAAGGAGAAGAAAAGCGACACAUUACCCAGGAUUUGAAAACGGCGGUACUGACUCUGAAACUGAGAAGACUCCAAAAAGAAGACCAGAUUCUCGGCCUCGGCCUCGGCAACCACUCGCUAUUAGCGCUACCCUUCCUAGUCUCCCUCCAGCCCCCCUCUUGGACAUCGCAGUGGACAUGGGUCAGGAGUCUCUGGACAACACAGGACAGGAAACCUUUACAGACAUAAGCUGGAAUGUGAGGAGGGAGUCAGACCCCUUCAAUGUAAUCAAUAGCUCAGCGCACCAGUCAACACCACCACCACCUCAACACUCAGCGCACCAGUCAACACCACCACCACCUCAACACUUGAGUCCAGUGUUUGACAUUAAUAUGGGCUUCCCCUAUUCACAUGCCAGCGGUGGUGGAGAGCCUGGAGGUCACCUCCUCUUCAAGCCAACUUUCAGAGUUGGCCAUGAAACAGGGCCAAUUCCUUGCACACCGGCUCAGCUACAUGGCCUAUUACUUUUGGAAAACCUAAAGCAGCAGGUUGCCCAACUCGCCACCACUGUGAACCUGCUCAUGGCCAAGGUCAAUAACGGCCUCCAACCAGCAGCCUUUGAGUGGUCCGGGGAAUUUCAUUUCCCCCUGGAAUCAGAUGCAGAGCUGGACCGCUUUGAGACCUGGCUGGCGGACCCUGCCAACGAUAGGCAGAAACAUGCCCUUGUGAAUACCCUGUCUGCUGUCGGGGGUGUAGAUUUGAAGAGGGUGACAUGGAAUAUUCUUUCAUACAUGUUUUCCUGCCCCCUGUCUCGCACGAUUAAUUGGAAGGGUGUGAACAAGAAGAGGGCCUUCCACAGGAUGGCAUCACGGACCCUCCUCAGCCGUAAGUAUAGGCUAUUGUUUCAAAUGUCCUAA